AUGAAGAAAACCACCCGACCAAUUCUCCUCGCUCCAGCUGCACCUCUAACCACCACGCGUCUUUUCCUGCGGCCUAUUAGACAGUCUGACCUGGCAGACCUCCAUGCCCUUCGUACGCAGAUCGAGGUGAUGAAAUGGACCAGCACAGGGGAAAUUGACGCCGACCGGGAAGUCACUCAAGUCUGGAUGAAUAGAUUUCUACCCCCUAACGAUGCCAUCACUUUCAACUAUGCGGUAGAAGAAUUGACAAGUCCAGGAAAGGUCAUUGGUGUUCUCGGCUGUCAUAUUUUGGAUCCUCCGGAACUUGGGUACAUGUUCAGGAAGGAAAGUUGGGGUAAGGGAUACGCCUUUGAAGCACUGCAGCGAUGGCUCCAGGCUUGGUGGGCAUUGCCCAGGCGGGAAGUGGUGAUCGAAAGCGAAGAUUCGACAUCGACAUCGACAUUUGCAUCUGAUGCAGAUUCCGUGGUCUCUGAGCCUGAGGUGUUGAGAGCCAGGACCGACGCGGAGAAUGCGGCAAGCGCUCGGUUAUUGGGCAAAUGCGGGUUCCGCCUGAUUGGGGAGGGGAUGACAGAUGUCCGUGGCAGGGGAAUUUUACAGAAAACCAUCACGCUAGAGCUGGAGCAGCCACAAUAG